AUGUGGGACAAGUUCCAGACUCAGAUCUCCGAAGAGAGACAGAGCUAUGCUCGCCUGGAAGAAUCGCGCAAGGCGUUGGCGGUCCAACAACGCGCCGCCCAGGUCGAAGUUGAAGACCAACGUCGCCAAGUCCAGGAACUCUUGGUCGCCAAAAGGCAGCUACAGGCUGAGGUUACGGAUCUGAAGGAUCGUCUAGAGAUUGAACUUGUUGCGAAGAACGAUGAAACGAGCGCGAAACGGCAGCUUCAGCUGCGUUUGCAGGAGCUGGAGAUCACAACCUCAACGUCGACAACUAUACACUCCGAGCUGCAAGAGGCUGUGGAGUCGUACAAAGCGAAAACGGAAUCCUACCUUAAGAAGCUGGAAGAGGCUGAGAUUGCGAAAGCCAAGACAGCGCGUGCAGAGACGCUAGCCCGCCGAGCUCUUGCUGACGCCGAGAAAGCCCACGCUGAAGCGAUCAACGAGCGCAAUGCAGCAGAAGAGGGACUGAACACGGCCGAGAAACGUAUUCACGAGCUCGAAACCAAGCUCGAGGAAGAAGGACGCGAGUCCACCGACCUCGAGCUCCUCAGACAUAGGCUGGCGGAAGAAAUGGAGGACGAGCGCAAACAGCAUCAACAAGACCUAGCGGAGCGAGACUUUACUGCUGACCAGACCAGAAAGAAAUAUCAAGCGGAGCUUGCCCAGCUUAGCGAAGAGCUGCAAUCACAACGUGAUACCAUGAGUCGCCUGCGUGAGGAAAGCAGGAAACUUCGCUCCGACUACGAUCAGCUCCAACUGCGCCAUGACGAAGAGGUGUACAACGGAGGGUCCUGGAAGAAAGACAAGGAGCGCCUUGAGACCAAGAUCCAGGAUCUGACCAAGGCAUACGACUCGUCAACGGCUGCUCAAGCUGAGCAACAGUCGCAGAUUGUGUCGCUGCAUUCGCAAGUCAGAGAACUGCGCAGUGUUCUCAAUGAUGCCGAGGCAGAUCGUGCGCUUCUACAGAAGGCGCGCCGUGCCUUACAAGCAGAGCUAGAAGCAAUCAAGCUAGAUUCUGUUGACACCACGAAGCUAUCUUCAGACACGGAGCUACAGAGGCUUCAUCUAGAGAAACAAGACCUCGAGCGAGCACUUGAGGAGCAGAAUGAUCGUGUCACGAUGGCAUUCGAUCGCAUGAAGAAAGCUGAAGGGUACGCCAACGAGUGUCAAAUCGAGCUGGGCAAGACUCGCGUAGAAAACUCGGAAUUGGACAAGCUAAACGCAAACCUUGAGAAGCAGAUCAAGGAUCUCAACCUGCGCAUUGUGGAUCUAGAGACGAGAUCGCUAAAUUCUCCGCGUCCCUCUACGUCCCGGCGUCUGGAAAGCAGGAUCGAGGAGCUCACCAGCCAGCUCAACCAGAGUACCAAGGAUAACUCUCGGAUUUAUCGGACAGUAGACAAGAGUGCCCGAGAUGCCAAGUUCCAGCUGGCAGAUGCGGAGCGCCAGAAGACUCGCCUCGAGGAAGAGGUCAAGUCGUAUGAGGCAAAGAUCGUCAGCAUGCGACAAGCUAUGGACGAGCUGCAAACUUCUGAGAACAACCUUCAGCUUGAGAAGCGGCGUGCUGAACGCGAGGCUGCAGAUCUGAAGCAGAAGUCACUCAACCUCGAGCGAGAGGUAGAGCGGUUGCGCAGCCGAUUAGAACGCCCCUCGACCGUGCUUUUGGGAUCCCCCGUUAGUUCACCACGGAAAUGA